GAGAGAGAGAGAGAGAGAGGAGUCCUCUGAGAGUCCCCACAACUGUCUGUCGUCGCACCUGGACAAAACUGCCACCGCCAAUAAUGCUUGGGACCUUGUAAACCAGACAACCCUAGCCCCCCUUCUCUCUUCUCUCUUCUGCUAAGUCUUCACUCACCAACUCUCUCUCUCUCUCUCUCUCAGUUUCAAGUAUAUCUACCGUAUCAUAUCCUUACUCUCAAUCAAUUUCAGAGUGUAUUAAUUUCCACCCUUCAUUUCUUACCACAUCCCUCUUCUUUAGUAUUUCCUAUUUUCAGAUUGGGAUUUAACCCUUCUUCAUUCACCUCUCUCUGAGGCCCCUCCAUCUCUCAACCACCAACCUCUUCUCUCAAGUACUCCCCUUUCUGAUCUCUCUAAAGUUCUUCAAAGCAGCAGCAGCAGCACCCCAGCAUUUAAUAUUGUUCUAUUUAAGACUAUCUCCACCCAUCAGAAAACAAAGGAAUGUGAGAGGAUUUCACAUUUAUUGCAUUUGUUGUGUUAACAUCUCACAAUGGAAUGUUGGUAGGGAGAGAGAUGGAGAGAGAAACAUAGCCAUUUUUAUUUUUUUUUGAAGACUUCUUCACCAACCUCUUUGCUGCUCAGUAAUGGAGAGGCUCCAAGGACCCAUUAAUCCCUGUUUCUUUGGAGACCAUUUGGAUUUGCAGUGCUUAGAGCAAGGAUUCACCUCCACCACCACCACCACCACACAUGGCUUGAGAUUUGAGGAAGAAGAAGCACUGUACCUCUCAGGCUUCGAAGAUAGAAUGCCAUUUCUUCAGAUGCUACAAAGCAUUGAUUUCCCCCCGUGUGAUUUCACUCAAAAAGAGCCAAGCUUUCAAGCACUGUUGAGAUUACAGCACAAGACCGGUACAACUUGGCCUGAAAUGGAAAAUACCCAAAGUUCCCAAAUUCACACACUUGAGGCACUUGAGAGCUGUGUAACUCAAGACAAUCAACAACAGUUGUAUUCACCGGCAAAAUCUGAAGGAAGAGACCCUCACCAAAACCCUCUUUCAGUUUCCGGUACUCUUGAGGGUGGUGGUGGUGUGAGCUCAGAUUGCAACCAAGAAAUGCAGCAACUCAACUCAGCGAAAAUGGGUCCUAACCAGACCCUGCAGACCCAGUUCACCAAGUCGGCUUCUUCUCCGGCCACCCGAGAGAGAAAAAAGCGCAAGAGAACAAGACCAACCAAGAACAAAGAGGAAGUAGAGAGCCAGAGAAUGACCCACAUUGCUGUUGAGCGCAACCGCAGACGCCAAAUGAAUGACCAUCUCAAUGGUCUCAGAUCCCUCAUGCCCCCUUCCUACAUUCAAAGGGGUGACCAAGCAUCCAUAGUUGGGGGUGCAAUAGAUUUUGUGAAGGAAUUGGAGCAGCACCUUCAGUCCCUUGAAGCCCAAAAGAGAAUGAAAAGAGCUGAAGGCUUCACCACCAAUGUUGACCCUAACAAUAACAACUCCUUGAACUCAUCUUCACCAUCUUCAUCAUCGGCCAUGGCAAUGCCUUCAAAUGGGAUGUUCAUGUCUCUCUCCCAAUGCAGAAUCGCGUCUACUGAGGAAGGAAACACUUGUGGGGAUGAUGGAGUCACAGCACAAAACAAGUCUGAGGUUGCAGAAGUAGAUGUCACAGUGAUCCAAACCCAUGUGAACUUGAAGGUCCAGUGUCAAAAGAGGCCUGGCCAGUUGGUGAGAGCCCUUAUUGCCUUGGAAGAUCUCAGGCUAACAGUUUUGCACCUCAACAUUACUUCUUCAGAAGACAAGGUUCUUUACUCUUUCAAUCUCAAGAUUGAGGAGGGAUGUAAGUUAGGAUCAGCAGAUAACAUUGCCAGAGCAGUACAUCAAAUAUUCAGCUUCAUCAAUGGCAGCUGAUUGGUUCAAGGACUCAAAGGCUCUCCAGAAAAAGCAGCUAACUUUCAUUUCUUAGCUAGAUAGAGUAGAGGAAAAAUGAGAGUGGCCAUAACCAAAAGAUGAAGAGGAAAAAUGUAAGGUGGUGGUCAUCUUUCAGUCUUUUGGGGAUGUGAGAUUGUGUCUCUCUCAGUAGGGAUGUGAAUUGUGUGAGUUGUUUAUUAAUCCCAGCUCAAAUGUAAGUUACUUUGUGUUUGCUUUCUUUUUCUUUUUGGAGGAAAAUGGCCAAAUGGGGGGCUUAGGAGUUAGGAACCCCACCAAUCACCAUGGUUAUAAAUUGUGGAGUUUUAGGACUUCUUUCAUUUU